UUCUCAUGGAGUAGCAUCACUACCUCAGUAUAUACUCACUAAUUGGACAACCCUUCUCCUACCUCCAUGGCUAAUUUCAUAACUUUCUUCAUUCCCCUAGCCCUAACCCUCCUUUUCUCCUCCCUCGUCACUGCCAGUUACCAUCAAAGCAUCUCUCCAAGCCUUCUACGUUCUCGUGAGAAGCUCACGCACCUUCGCUUCUAUUUCCAUGAAAUUUUUACUAGCGACAAACCCUCUAAUCUCGUGAUCGACCCCCCCAAGGUGGUAGCCGACUCUCCCCUUCCAUUUGGGUCCCAAGUGGUGAUCGAGGACCCAUUAACAAUUGGGCCUGAUGUCGAGUCCAAACAGAUAGGUAAGGCCCAAGGGUUUUACCUAUCCGCAACCCAAAGGCCCGGUUUGGAGUUGGAGAUAGUCAUGGGGAUGGCCUUGACCUUCUUAGAAGGCGAAUUUAACGGUAGCAGUUUAAGUGUGUUGGGGAGAAACAAAAUCUUCAAUGAGGUGAGGGAGUUGCCUAUUAUUGGUGGCACGGGUGAGUUUCGCUUCGCACGUGGCUAUAUCCUAGCUAGGAGUGUCAAGGUCGAUUACCAUAAAGGGGAUGCUACCGUGGAAUACAACGCUUAUGUGUAUCAUUAUUCUUCCACUAGCUCUUCGUCUCACGAGAUUUUUAACGAUGGAGUUCAGUUCAUGACAGACCCUAUUCUUAGCAAGAUUUAGAUUUUUAACUAAUUUAUGUGUUGGAGGAAGUUUAUAAAAAACUUUAGGAAAUUUGUAUCUAAACUAACUCGAUACAAUUUUCUAAGUUUUACUCACAUAAAUAAGUUCGGAAAUUAGACUGCGGAAGGUGGGGGAAUAAAUCCAAAUACCAAGUUGCUAAUUUACUCCUUUGAAAACUAUGCCUCGGUUCAGUACUAUAAAUAAAUUUGUUGUCUUGUCGUACACAAAAUGUAAGUCUUUGUUGUAGUGCAAGUUGCGUGAGCUAAAUAACGUGCCAGUCUUAAAAAUUUAAGUCUUUGUUGUAGUACAAGUUGCGUGAGCUGAAUAAUGUGCCGCACCUUUUUUUUUGUUGGAGAUUUAGACCGUUGAUUAUUAUGUGUAUUCUGCAAUUGAAUAGAUAUAGAGAAAGAGACCCGGGGGUUGAAAACUUGAUAUCCAUGACAAUCAUGUAAUAUAUAUAUAUAUACACACGAAAAAUAAUACUA